AAACUGUGAAUAUGUCAACGCGUUUUAAUUUUUCAAUAUUUUUGCUGAUUUUAGGUUUAAGUGUGGGCCUCACCUUUCGACUUAUAGACGGUCCUGUUUACCUAAAAACCUGCCCAGCUCCCAAUAGAGAUUCUCAAAUUGUGGAACUGCCUCCAAAUGAGCAGCAAAAGCAUUUCUACAAUGUCCACAACUUACCCAGUGAUCAACAACCCAACACUGUACCAAAAGAGAAAUGGACGGAUAAUUGGUUAAUGCGAAUUGUUAAGAUAAGAACCAUUCCUGAGAAACCUAAAACCGAGAGUUCCUCAGGAGUCCAGGAUAAUCACAUGAAUGGAUUUAUGCAGAGAAUAUUCCGUGUCUUACAUUUAAGACCUAGAAGUGACAAUUUAUUGGAGAAUGACAAUAAUGAGCGGAAAAUGGUUGUAUUUGUAAGAAAGGAUCCUCCAGCAAUAGAUCAUCAUAUCGUAAAAAGAGAUCCUUUACCCUACACUUAUAUGGGAUAAAUAUUUUGUUUAUUUUGCACAUAACCACCCUCAUUA